GCAAUGGAUUAUUAUAUUCUGUUAAUUCACUUUUAGCUGCUAUUCGAGCAAUUAACAGAUUUUAUAAUUCAAAUGUUAGCAAGAUAAAACCUGUUGACUUAUAUGAUCAUCUGGGUAUUUCUGAUUAUGAAGUUUUGACUAUUACAAAUCAUCGAUCUUUAUCAAGUUUAGCUCAUUAUGAAUGGCCAAAGGAUGGUGUUCAGAAGGCUACACUAAAUAGUUUAAUAACAAUUUUAGAAACUUCUGAACCAUUAUUAGAUAUCCAAAAUCAUCAGCCUAAUAUACUUCCUACUACUGACUCAUAUAAUAAAUUCAGAUCUGCAAAACAAAUUUAUCAAGAUAAA